AGAGGUGAUAUAAUCAAAACUUAGGGCGAUUACAUUUUAGGGUGGAAGUCUCCGUGACGUUUCACUUAUUCGUUUUCUCUUACCACCUCUCAGUUUUCUGAAAAGUGACGUGCUCCACACGCGCGACAAUGGAGGCGCCAGAAUUUUUCCCACCUUCUGAAAACUUGACGGCGGCUGUCGUGCACCCGCUAUGCGAAGAAUGGAAGGGGGGAUCCGAGGGUGCCAUCUUCCACCUCGCCAGUAUCUUCCUUGUUUUGGGGUUCAUGGGAGGGAGCGGGUUCUAUGGGCUCCUCUACUUGUUUACCUUUCUGACGCUCGGUUUCUUCUGCACAACCAUUUGGUCAUGGUCGGACGCGUGCACCACCGACACCUUUUUGUGGAAUUUCGCUCUCUUUGGGAUAUGUGCGGUUCAAGUUGUGCACGUCGCCUACCGGCUGAGGAACGUUACUUUCGAAAAGGAGUUUCAAGAUCUUUACAGCUACCUGUUCAAAAAGCUGGGGGUGUCGCUCACCCACUUCGGCAAGAUAGUCGCCUGUUGUGAAGGGGACAUCCACACUAUAGAGAAAGACCACUGUUUUGCCAUGGAGGGCAAGACUGCUAUUGAUAAGCUGUCCGUUCUUCUGUCCGGCAGAAUUCGUGUGACAGUAAAUGGAGAGUUUUUACAUGACAUAUAUCCUUUCCAGUUUCUCGAUUCACCUGAAUGGGACUCUCUCAGGCCGUCAGAGGAGGGCGUUUUCCAGGUGACCCUGCGUGCAGAUAAUUGCUGUAGGUACGUUUCUUGGAGACGUAAGAAACUGUACCUGCUCUUCGCCAAACACCGCUACAUCGCCAAGGUCUUUGCGCUCGUGGUGCGGAAUGACAUCGCAGACAAGCUGUACUCCCUCAACGACAAGGCGUUCGACAGCCGCGGGUUCCGAUAUGAUCUCCGGUUACCCACCUACUGUCACGUGUCCCCGUUGCCAGAAUUAGACCGGACAGAUGGGUUCCUACGAGUCCCAGCGCAAUAUGACCGUGGCCACCGUGGCCGUGUCCCUAUAACUAUAACAGCACCCGAAGAGACUAACUAGUGACUGGAACGGAACUUUUAAAUGUUUGUUUUUCAUUAAUGGAUGUUAUUUUUGUCUGUUUGUUAUCCUCAAGUCCUUAGGCUAUGGAUAUGGCAUAAGCUAUGUAGUUUACGCAUCAACAUAGAAUACAUUGUAGCACAUCAAGUAACCAUCCACUUGGUUUGCCAGGCAUCAUGCAAUAGGCGCGCGCGUGUGUGUGUGUGGGGGCGGUUGGUUGGUUAUGAUACGAUUUCAUUACACAUUUUUCAGUUUCAUUUCCAGCUCUACCACCACAGUAUCUCUCCCUUCUCUCCAAAGUAUCCACUCGUUCACUCCCUCUCAAGGAUUCAUAUGCAUUGAAUUGCUUUUAGAAAUAUGAUAAACACUAUAGUGAGUGAACGAGUCCACAUUUCCUGGAGAAGGGGGAGUGGCUGUGGUAGUACAGCUGGGAAAGGGACUGAGUAGAGUGGAAGGAUAUCAUAUCAUAUGACCACUAUGUUGGUGGUAGUACAGCUGGGAAAGACACUGAGUAGAGUGGAUAUGAUAGGGGGAUUUUUCUCUGCAUUAAAAUACAAGUGAAAUGUUACCCCCUGAUUCCUGUUUAUGUUCUAUAGUGUACUUUAC